AUGUCUUAUAGUAGUAACCGUUUAUCUUCAUUGCUGAAGCUACUUUCUGAUAAAAAUCUGGAUUCCUUCGUUGUUAAUCACGGAGAUCCACACGCUUCUGAAUAUUUCCACCACUCCUUUGACAGAAUUUCCUUUAUUUCUGGUUUCACAGGUAGUUACGGCUUGGCUCUUGUUACACACAGCAAAUGCUAUCUUUGGACGGAUUCCAGACGAUUUAAAUCAUAUAGAUACUUCAUUCAAGCAGAAAGGCAGUUGUCUGAACCGUGGGUUCUAAUGAAAUUGCACGAGAAGGGGUUUCCAACUCUCACCGAGUUUUUAUCAACUUCAACAGAUCUGAAACGAGUUGGAUUUGAUUCAAAUACCACAACCUAUACUUUAUAUAAGCACUGGAUGGAGAAGGUUAAGGACAAGGAGUUUGUUGGACUUUCUGACAAUCCAGUCGACGCAGUAUGGGCGGGAGAUAGACCGGCCUUUCCACUUGGCCCGUUGAAAAUAUAUCCUCUGAAAUACUCAGGAGUUUCUGUUUCAGAGAAGCUGGUAUCAGUCAGAGAUGAAAUGAAAAAGAAUAACGUAAAUGCCUUGGCCUUGACGAACCUCGACGAUGUUGCAUAUAUGCUCAAUUUGCGUGGGUCUGACGUGGAAUGCUCGCCCCUAUUUUACGCAUACCUGCUGGUGGAAAUGGAAAAAAUUACGCUGUUUGUUGAUCAUCGAAAGCUUGAUGAUGAAACUAAAACAUAUCUUAAAUCAUUUUCAGUGGAAACGAGAGAUUAUAAUGAUUUAUUUCCAUAUGUUGAAAACCUUGGGACCGGCGAAAAGGGAGUCAUUCUGUCCAAAUUUAGGAUGUGGGCAUCGCCCAGCGCAUCAGUAUACCUGUGCACAUCUUUCCUAAAGAACAACACGGAAUCGACACCCAGGGAGCUGCACUUAGAAGUAACUCCGGUGUGUGAUCUAAAGGCGUCCAAAAAUGACACUGAGUUAAAGUGCAUGGUCGAGGCCCACGUUCUCGAUGGAAUAGCGCUGGCCAAGUUCUUUGCAAAAGUAUACGAAAUGAAGGAUAACGGGACGCUAUUUGAUAAGGAUGAGUAUGAUCUGGGCGAGUUGAGCAGUGAGGUUCGAUAUGAACAGGAGUCAAACGCCGGAUUGUCGUUCCCACCAAUUUCUUCAGUAGGUGAAAACGGAGCAGUUGUUCAUUACAGAGCUGAAAAGGAUAACUGCUCGAAAAUUGGACCGCAUAUGUACCUCUUAGACUCGGGAGGACAAUAUUUGACAGGUACCACCGAUGUUACGAGGACAAUACACUUCGGCAAGCCCACAGAAGAGGAGAAGAAGGCUUACACACUGGUGUUGAAGGGGCAUCUUGCCCUAAGGCAUGCUGUCUUUCCAGAUGACACACCAGGUCAGACGCUCGACGUGCUUGCAAGGCAGUACCUGUGGAACCACGGAAUGAACUACUAUCACUCAACGGGGCACGGAGUGGGCGCGUAUUUGAACGUACACGAAGGGCCGUGCGCAAUCUCGUCCCUGUUCAAGCCCACAGUCGGCAAGGUGAACGUGACCUAUUUGAAACCGGGCAUGGUCCUGUCCAAUGAGCCAGGGUACUACAAAGCAGGACAUUUUGGAGUGCGCAUCGAGAACAUGGUGUACGUGAAGAAGGUGGAAGGCGCCUUCUCGAAGGACCACAGGGAGUUCCUCGAGUUUGAAGACCUGACGCUUGUGCCGUACUGCAAGGAUCUGCUCGACUUCACACUCUUGACAAGACAGGAGCUGGAUCGUUUAAACGAAUAUCAUAAACGGAUUGCUGACACUCUUGUUCCGCGCAUGGUGAAUAUGCCCGGCUAUGACAAGGCGAUUGAGUUUUUGAAAAAGUGUGCAGAGCCACUAUGA